CCACCCGAACACCCUUACAUUCGAGCCUCAUCCGCGUACUCUGCCGUUGUACAGCUAUACGCUCGCUCUGCCCAACUUGACUGCGCAUACACAAGAUUCCUUCGAUUUGGAGAUAUGUCUCCACUGUUUCAUCAUGUCUUCGUCGUCUGCCCAUCAUUUAAUCACCUGCGCGACGAAGCAAAUGAAGCCAUACACACCCAUACCGCCCAAAUACUGCACAAUGCAGACGUCCCUUUAUCCAUCUGCGUACCUCUCCUACAUCUCGUACACAGAAUCUUUAUGGACGGUAAUCAUUGGCCUCGGCAUAUCUCUCAGUACUAUCUUGGAAUCUUGCCACCACUCCCAUCUGCGCUCACUGUAAAACGGUCUCCCUUCCAGAGCAGGCGGUUGCAGACACGAUUCCUGCAUACGUGGCACUCCGCAGCUAUUCGGCUCGCAGGCAGGAUAUGG